UGAAACAAAUAAAAGAGCAGAUUUAUAUAUCAGCUCACCCCUAAACCCCUGUAUUCAAAACCCUAACUAUGUUGUCCAUCACGACCACUGUGUGAUUGGAGUUGCUUGAAUUUGUUAACGGUCAGAAACUAAACAAAUUGAUCUUUUCCGGUUGAAUUUCAUUAUAGUCUAGUUUGAUUAGGUUUUCUAUUCUUAGCUAAGUACGUUUACAUUCCUGUUUCCCAGUUUGGUACAAUAUAAUGCCUAUAAAUUAUGAUGGAGAACUAUAAAAAUCAUACAACAGUUCAGUAUACAAGUUUAUUGUGCUUAAUAUCGAUCCCACGCAUAAUUUGACAUUAAUUUUUCUUAAAAUCUGUUACGAUUGUUGCUUAGACAUAUGAGAUACGAAAUUGUUUAGUGAUUUCGCAGCCCCAGUGGGAAGGUGAAAGAAGAGCACAGUUGACACCCCAAGAGAGAAAACCCUAGACGGCCGGCCAUUCUUACAACACAACCGUGUGGUAGUAAGAAGUGUUUCGUUCUUCUUCGGCUACUUAUCGCCUCAGUAAUUCUGAAGCACAACUCCUAAACCUAGCUAGUACGCUGCAGUAAGCAUGCAAUACCUCCCGGCGGAGCUAAUAUCCGGCAUCCUCUCCUGGCUUCCGGUAAAGGACUUAAUCAGAUGCACAUCGGUUUCCAAACUGUGGAAUAGCAUCGAUCGUCCGCAGCAAACUGUUCAUCAAAGAGCAUAACCAACGCGCCAUCACUACCAACAAUGAUUGCACCCUCAUAUAUAUUAGUUGUUUUCGUGAUCAUUUCUCUUCAUUGGCAUUUUCAGCUUGUUCUGAUACGUUCAGCAACGAAGAGCCACUCAAGCAUCCAAUAUAUUGCCGAAGAUCGAGAGGGAUCGACUUAGGCUUGAUACUAAUGUCAUUACUGCCUGCAAUGGAUUGAUUUUACUUGAAGUUGAAACAAACCGCCAUAUGUUGACUGAGGGUAGGGGCUACCUAUUUUUGUGGAAUCCAAUGAUUGCAAAGCACAAAAAGAUACCCUAUGAGGCCAGAGCAUGGAAACCAGGAGUAGGGGCUCGCAUUUAUGGACUUGGUUAUCACUCUGAUGAAGAUGACAUGAAGGUACUCUGUUUUGUGCAACGGGGAGGAUUUGUGGAAGCUGGGGAGUUAGAGUCGAAAUUGACUAGCAAAUUAAAAGUUUAUAGCUUAGCAUCAGGUACCUGGAAAAUGAUAGAAAAACUUCCACCUAGUAAUCUUCAAUUUGAUCCAAGUUUUGGUCGUAUGGUCUGGUUCAACAAUUCUUGUGUAGCUUGGCUGAUGAGUGAUGCUGAAAGCUGUGCUAGCGGCUUCGUUUUAACUUUGGACAUCCUGGAGGAGGAGUAUCGUGCCUUUCCAAUUCCAGUUGAGGUUAACGAUGUAGCACAUUCUGAAUUAUUUGCAUGGGGAGGCUCCUUGUGCUAUUGGCGUGAUGAACAUGAUUCUACAACUGUUUGGAUUAUGAAGGAUUCUUCUUGGUCGACGCUGAAGCUUUCUUUUAAGAUGAAUAUGAAUAUGUGCCACCCUUUAUUCUUUGAUGGUGAGAGGUUUCUCUUAAUGCUGGAAUUCUAUGAUCAAACUGAUGAGCAUUGUAGUCGCUGUGUUCAAAAAGUGGUUUGGUACACUGUGAAGACACAGGAAUGUGAGUCGACAAAAACUCGUCGCUCUGCCGGAGGAAUAACUACUUCAAUUUGUUCUGUGGGAUGCCUUCGUCUUCUCGUCGACGGUGAUCCUGAUGGUCGGAUCAACUACUUUGGUGCACCAUUGACUUAGAACUAUGAUAAGUCUGUUUUUCUAGCAAGCGCUAGUCCCAUUUACCACUGUAUAUGAAUGGAUAAGAAACUCAAUAUGUAUCAAUUGCAAAUUAUUAUUUUUUUGGUUUUGA